UCUCUUAUCAGCAUUUCCUCCUUCUGCCCUUCGCCCUCUCAAAAGCUCUUCUAUUUCCUCUGUUUCCCUUUCGUUCUCCAUAAAAAAAACAAAGACCCACCACCUAGGCACCCACCUAGGCUUCGGCUAGAGCUGGCUAACUCUCAGGAAGAUCCGGAAGAAAGUGAUUUUUCUAGUAAUCAAAGGGUGGUUCUCGCCCUCUAUGACGCCCUGAGCACCCGCGACGUGGCCACCGUGCACCAGAUCGUCGCCGCCGACCUCGAGUGGUGGUUCCAUGGUCCGCCAUCUCAUCAGUUCUUGAUGCGCCUUCUCACCGGCACUGCCACAGCCUCUGCCUCGUCCUUUAGCUUCAUCCCCCAGUCCAUAACCUCCUUCGGGCCCACCGUCCUCGUCGAGGGCUGCGAUCGCGCCUGCUCCAUUUCCUGGGUCCACGCCUGGACGGUCUCUGAUGGGGUAAUUACUCAGCUCAGGGAGUACUUCAACACGUCCCUCACCGUCACCCGCCUCGGCAACUCCAACCCAUCUUCACCCUCGUCGUCGGAUUACGAGUCCACCUCGUCAGCAUCGUCAUCGAAGGCUGAGAUCACGCCACUCCAUUGCCCAUCCCUUUGGGAGAGCAGCGUCUCCAGUUGGGUCGGAAAGUCUCUUCCGGGUCUGGUCCUGGCAAUAUAAUCGAUCCGCUACAGCCGUUAGUACUAUUAUCAAGUGCUACGAUAAAUAAAAGGGUGUAAUGGGCUGAGCUGGAGUCCCAGAAUUUACAUCAAGUCAGAUAGAUGUGAUUUAGCACAUCAUAAGGUCGUGUUUGGUUUUGGGUUUGUUUCUUUGUUUGGCAUCUCUGUGUUUUGCGUGGUCUUGUCUUUGGUGUCUCCGUGUGUGUGCUGGAGUCGGGUCGGGUUGGUGCAACCAUGACGGUGGAAUAUUCCUAUUGGUCAUCGUAUCCCGUUGUAAUCGUAGUCCCGUGUUUGGAUUGUGCAAUAAAAUUAAAGAUAAUAGCCUGUGAUUGUCAUAA